AAAAUGAAUGGUGGUCCAGACAUAUCAGGACUUCUAUCUAUGCAACAUUUCUCUCCCUACCAAUUUCCAAUACACAGAAAGCAGAGCAGAAAUCAUCAGUGAGUUGCUAAAACAUGUCUCCUGCUUCUGUUGUUCAUGUUGCUCUAUUGCCAAGUGCUGGCAUGGGCCAUCUCACUCCAUUUCUGAGGCUAGCUGCUCUGCUUGUUCGCCACCACUGCCAUGUAACUCUCAUCACCCCUCAACCCACUGUCUCAAAGGCAGAACAACACCUUCUCACUCGGUUCCAAUCUUCUUUCCCUGAUGUCAACCAAGUCCAGUUUCAUGUUGUUCCUCCUGAUGAAGAUGUUCCCUCUGCUGCUGACCCUUUUUUCCUCCAAUUUGCAGCCAUUCGUAGAUCUUCCCACCUUCUCUCCCCUAUACUUGCUUCACUUUCACCACCUUUGUCUGCUUUUGUCUAUGACAUGACCCUGAUUUCCCCUGUUCUUCCCAUUGCUAACACCCUGGGUGUCCCUUACUACAUCUUGUUCACUUCUUCAGCUACCAUGUUCUCCUUCUAUUCCUACUUCCCCAGUUUACCUGCACCUCAAUCCUUUCCUGAUGUUGUUGAGAUUCCAGGAGUUUUAGCCAUACCUAAAUCGUCAAUCCCUCCACCACUUAUGAUCCCCAACAGUAUAUUUGGUAACCUUUUCAAGGAGGACUCUCCUAAGCUAACAAAACUACAUGGGGUUUUCAUCAAUACAUUUGAAGGACUAGAAGCAGUGUCCCUGGAGGCUCUUAACUGUGGAAAAGUGGUCAAAGAAUUGCCCCCAGUUUAUCCAGUUGGUCCUUUUGUGCCUUGUGAGUUUGAAAAGGUUGACCAGAAGGGAGCACCAUUGACAUGGCUUGAUGAUCAACCUGAUGGGUCUGUGGUGUAUGUUUGCUUUGGCAGUAGAACUGCCCUGGGGAGGGACCAAAUAAGAGAGUUAGGAGAUGGGUUGGUUAGAAGUGGAUGCAGAUUUUUGUGGGUGGUGAAGGACAAGAAAGUUGACAAGGAAGAUGAAGAAGGGUUGGAUGGGUUGCUGGGGGAAGAGCUUGUGGAGAGGAUAAAAGAGAAGGGGUUGGUUGUGAAAGAGUGGGUGGACCAAAGUGAGAUUCUUGGCCACAAGGCUGUGAGAGGGUUUGUGAGUCAUUGUGGGUGGAACUCAGUGAUUGAAGCAGCAUGGUGUGGUGUUCCAAUUUUGGGGUGGCCUCAGAUUGGAGAUCAGAAGAUAAAUGCAGAAGUAGUGUCAAAGAGCGGGUGGGGUGUGUGGAAGAAAGAUUGGGGUUGGGAAGGAGAACGUGUGGUGAAAGGUGAGGAGAUUGGAGAGGCUGUAAAAGAGAUGAUGAAUAAUGAAUCUCUUAAGAUCAGAGCAGUGCAAGUCAAAGAGGAUGCAAGGAAGGCCAUCAGUGUUGGUGGGGGAUGUGAGAUUGCUCUUCAGAAUCUAAGGGAAGAGUGGAAGAAGAUUGUUAAGAACAUUUGAGAAUCAAUGAUUUGGUGCUUUCAUCUAUUGUUGGAGUUGAAUCUAAUAGGAAGCAAUGAUUUUGAAUAGCACAGUACAGUAAAUUAAGGUAAUCAGAACAUGUGACUUGUCAGGUCAUGUGCUAUGCUUUUAUGCAAUGAAAGGUGCAUACCAUGUUGAAAGGGUGAUUGAUGAAUUAUUAGUAUGUUCCUUG